AUGGCGGCAACCGUUAAGCGCCAAUUAAAAAAGGCUGAGCUCGAUGAUGAAGAAGAUCGAAUGAGUUUCUUUUAUUACUUUAUCCAUGAAUUCACUCGAGUCAAAAGGGAAUUCGAUGAACAACAGCAGCAACACAAACAACAACAACCACAACAAGAUAAUAAUAUUGUUAAUUAUAAGUCGCUGGAGGAAGUUAUCCAAAGCUUUCCAAUCAAAAGUUUAUCACUGGAUUUAGUAACAGUUUACAACCAAAAGAAACUCGAGAUUAAAGAUGAGUCAGAUCGAAAUCUGUUCCUUUUGUACUUUUCCAAAGAAAGAUCUAGAAUAGCCAGAGAACAAAAGCAACAACAACAAUUACAACAGCAACAACAGCAACAGCAACAACAGCAAUUACAACAGCAACAGCAACAGCAAUUACAACAGCAACAACAGCAACAGCAGGAACAGCAAUUACAACAGCAACCGCAAUUACAACAGCAACAGCAGGAACAGCAACAACAGGAACAGCAACAACAGGAACAGCAACAACAGCAGCAACAGCAACAGCAACAACAAAUUCAACAACAAAAGCAACAAGCAACUAUAAAGAACAACAGUAACAAUGAUAACGAUAAUAUAAAGUAUAAGAAAAACAACAACAAUAACACUAAAUCGAUAGGAAAUCAAAAUACCUAUCAAUUUAGAAUUCCAGUUAAUCAAAAUAAAAUAGAUUACAAUAUUAAUAAUAACAAUAUAAACAAAAUUGAUUACAUUCAUAAUAUUAAAUAUUAUAUUCAAAACUACAAAAUAAAAAUCAUUAACAGAUCAAAACCAAACCAAAACACCUUCCAAUUUAGAAGACCAACUAAUUGGAAAGAGAACAACGACAACAAAAUCAUCAAAAUCAACACCAACAUUGACAACACUGCCAAUUACAUUUUAAACAUUAUUAACAAUAUCAAAAACAAACCAAAACCAAAUAAUAAUACAUAUCAAUUCAGAAUACCCAGUAAUAAAAAUAGAUCAAUCUUAAAAGAGUCUGGUUUCUUGACUAUAUGGUGGUGUAGAUCAAUGUUAAAAGAAUCUGGUUCUUUGGUCAUGGUCUUGGCUAUAUGGGUCUGGGAUAACUGGGUGUCAUUGCUUGUGAUCCUUGCCUCUCUUAUCAAGCGUGACGGCAUGUCUCGAUCAGUGAACCCACUGAUGAGAGCCUAG